ACCUCCCUCAGCUAAAAUCACUGCAAAGCAACACACAUCACAAGAAAUUAUAUCCAGCAUUACACGAUCCUUUUUUUUGCAUACAAAACGUAUUGUGGAACAUGGAAACCCGUUACGAUUGGUUGGUUCACAAAUUACUCGAGUUUAAGGCACGACACGUGUGCUGACACACUGGAUGAUGAACGAUAAAAUGAGUUGAUCUCGUCUGCAGGCUGAGACAAUCAAUGAAGUUGCAUUUUAUAUAGCGCUUUUCAAGCUGCAACAGCCACUCAAAGCGCUUUACAUUUCUAGUCAAAUCUCAAUGUGCGGGGUGUGCCUUUAUUGAGCUUAUCUGGCUUCCGAGCCAAAGGUUGUUGCUUGGCUAUUGACGAGAAAGUCCAGUGGUUUAACUACGGUCACUGUUAGGGCCGAGGCAGGAGACAGUGCUGUGGUGCUAAAACGGGUUUAUUCGUCUUGGCCAAAAGGUCGGCAACAGAAAAAGGCAGGAGGCGGUGACUGAAGGCAGGAGGCGGUGACUGAAGGCAGGCUGGCGCCUUCCCGGGAUCUGGGCUGAAGCAACGAGGCCCUGGAUCUGGAAAGGGGGAAGAGUUCGGUCAAGAAACAAACAAGCAAACGGCGAGAACGCGUUCUCGGGAAACUUUUGCUGGAUAGGGUACGCGGGCACUACCGAUGAGACGGAAUUAUCUGGCAAGGUGGUGAAGACUGAACCAGGCUUUUAUGGAGGAGAGACGAAAUGGCCCUCUCUGGCUGGGUGUGUGUGGUGACAGGAGCCUCCAGGGGAAUCGGCCGAGGAAUAGCUCUCCAGUUAUCUGAAGCAGGGGCCACGGUGUACAUCACAGGCCGCCAGGAAAAAACUCUCAAACAGACAGCGGCAGAGGUUAAGGAGAGGGGUGGUAACUGUGUGCCAGUUGUCUGUGAUUCUUCAAAGGACGACGACAUUGAAGCGUUAUUUGAACGGAUCAAACAUGAGCAGAAUGGCAGGCUGGACAUCCUUGUUAAUAAUGCCUAUGCUGGAGUGCAGGCCAUAUUUGAGAAUACGGGGAAGAAGUUUUGGGAGAUGGAUCUGUCCAUAUGGGAUUCUCUAAACAACACAGGCCUCAGGGGCCACUAUUACUGCACAGUUUACGCCUCACGAUUGAUGGUCGCACAAGGCCGAGGUUUGAUUGUUGUCAUCUCCUCUAUGGGAGGGCUAAGAUAUCUCUUCAAUGUGCCAUAUGGUGUUGGUAAAGCUGCAUGCGACAGGCUAGCAGCCGAUACUGCCUUUGAGCUGAAAAGCAGAGGGGUUGCUUCUGUUAGCCUGUGGCCGGGAGCCGUGCAGACAGAGUUGGUGACGCAGUUUGUUGUGGAGAAUGAUAGUCCUCAUGGUGUUGAUCCUAAGUUCAAGGAAGUGUUUGCCAGGGGAGAAACAACAGAGCUGAGUGGCAAGUGCAUUGUAGAGCUGGCAAAAGAUAAAAAUCUGAUGUCACUGACAGGAAAAGUUCUAAUGACUUGUGAUCUGGCAAGGCGCUAUGGGAUACAAGACAUUGACGGCCGGAGUGUGACUGAUUACACCUCCCUAAAAUUCCUGAUGACACGAGUUCCAUAUCUGGCAUGGCUUUCGCCUUUUGUACCUUCAUUUCUGCGGCUGCCCCGGUUUGUUCUCACCCUCGCCAGCGGACGAUUCUGAACAUUUCCUCUAUCCCCCGCUUAUGAGGGAAGUAAUGAGAUGCAUUUCCGCCUACUUGUUUUCAGUUAAUGCUCACUCCGUUACAUUCCGACUGUAACAGCCAUUUAUUUAUGUGUUUAUUUUGAGUCAAUUCACCUUUUGGUCAGUAGGUGACAGUUUCUUAUUGUGGGAAGUGCAUUUAUACAAGUGGGUUAAUGAGGUCAGGGGUGGAUGCUAGGUGGCAUACAGUUGGCUGCGUCCGAGGCGUCAAGGACAGAGUAGCAGUGUAAAGUUACUAUAGGCUACCUAACUGUGAGAAAGAUGAAGUGUGAUGUACUUGAAUGCAAAGAAACGCUGUAAAAGAAGUGUGUGAGUAAUAAAUGAAGAAGCAAAUCAA